AUGCCACAACAUGAGCAUAUGGAGAUGCAUCGCAAACGCCAUGGUGUGCGAAUGGAUGCUGCUGAGAAGAAGCGUAAGAAAGAAGCGCGUGAGGUGCAUCGCCGCUCACAAUUUGCCCAGAAGGUUCAUGGUCUGCGUGCUAAAUUGUACAAUCAAAAGCGAUUUAAAGAGAAGGCUGCGAUGAAGAAGACACUAGCACUUCAUAAUGAACGUACGAAUAAACACGCUAAUGACGAUGAGAUUCCGGACGGUGCUGUACCCUCUUACCUGCUUGAUCGCGAGGGUGUUUCUCGUGCUAAAGUUUUGAGCAAUACUGUGAAGCAAAAACGUAAGGAAAAAGCUGGCAAGUGGGACGUUCCAAUUCCCAAGGUGAAACCAAUAGCUGAUGAUGAAAUGUUCAAGGUGCUGCGUUCGGGCAAACGACGCAACAAGGCUUGGAAACGAAUGAUUACAAAAGCUACGUUUGUGGGUGAAAACUUUACCCGCAAGCCACCAAAAUACGAGCGCUUCAUUCGUCCUAGUGCCAUGCGCUUUAAAAAAGCCCAUGUUACACAUCCAGAGCUCAAAACUACGUUUCAGCUGGCUAUACUCGGCGUUAAAAAGAAUCCUCAGAGCCCACUAUACACCCAACUUGGGGUCAUGACCAAAGGCACUAUUAUUGAGGUAAAUGUUAGUGAGCUCGGUUUGGUAACAACAUCUGGAAAGGUUGUGUGGGGAAAAUACGCUCAGAUCACCAAUGUGCCGGAAAAUGACGGCUGCAUCAACGCUGUGCUACUUGUCUAA